CUGCCCUCCUCAGAGGGUCUACUCUUGAAAACAUCUAUGCCAGACCCCCCUCCACCAGAUGAGGUCUGCUGUUUCUCUCCUGUCGUCCAUGGUUUGGACAGGGCUGAUCCUGCCUUAGGCAGGGGGUUGGACUGGACGUGACCUCUGGAGGGCCCAACUUCUCAAAGAGCCUGACCUGCGCGGUGCAGUGCAGACUAUUACUAAAGGUGAAUCGAGUGCAAGCAAUAAAAAGCACAGUAUUGUGGGGUUGGAUGGGCCUUCAGGGGCCAUGUACUGUGCUUUGCAACUUCACCCCCCUAGUCUGCGGAGGGGCUGUCCGCCCUCGCCUAGGGAGCCUAAGCGAAGCACUCAGCAGCUGCCACUAGCAUCAGGCAGCUCUCGCUGCUCCGCCUGCCUCCUCAUUAGCCAAUGGGAGCUGCAGUGUGGCCCGUUUCCUGUUGGAGAGAUGAUUUCCUCCUGCAAACCUUCCCCCUGAGCCUGAGACCCUGCUGAUGCUCUCAGGUGCAGGAGACCCCAGGAGAUGCAUCUUUACCUUUGAUGAAGCAGGGGCCUUGGAGCUGCUGCAGGGUGGCUCUGUGAGCCCGUGGCCGCCGGGAAGGGGGGAGCAAGAUGCCUGCAAAGGAUUCUGCCUUGCAGUGCCUGGAAGCCCCAGCCACGGAUCCAGAUCCCGGUGUGCACGGCGCUGUACAAACACAGAACAAAACGAUGGCCCCUGCCCUACAGUGCAAGGCAAGAGACAACAGAUGGAGCCAGCCAGGGGCAUACUAGUGUUGGACAACGGGACAGGCAGGGGCUGGAGGGUGAGAACUGGCAGCCACUCCUAAAAGCACUCACAAGAUUAACCAGACUACAACACAAAGCGUUUCCUAGAGGCUGUUCUCAAAGGAGAUUUGCCCUGGCUGGGUGCGUGGCAGGGGAGCACUAGCAGAGUGCCGCAGCUCGAGAGGGGUCCCAGUGUCGUUCAAGGAUAUCUCGUCUCCUUUGCUCAGGGGCAGCGGGAGAUGCUGGCAGAAUGGCAGAGGGAGCUGUACUGGGAUGCGAUGGUGGAGAGCUACGAGACGCUGGUGUCACUGGGUUGUGAUGCACCGAAACCCAAGAUCCUGCUGCUGAUGGAAGAAAAAGGAAAGCCUUAUGCAGAGGACGCUGCUGACCAAGCUGGCAGAGAUCUUGAUUGUGCAUCUGCAGUGGCUGAACGCCUUCGCAGGAGCGGAAAGCUGAAGCUAGAGGACCAUGAAGUUGAAAUCCGAGUCCAUGAGAAUCGGUAUCUCUCAGUAAAGGAUCGGCCUAUUUGGCAGGGCUUGGAGCGCCGUGCUGUGUGUUUAGAGGCUUGGGUGCACUCAGCCUCUCAUCCUGCCCUUGGAGAGGCUCAUGGUGAUGAGCCUGCUGAUUUCGGCAAGUGCCAGACCAAGGCCCACGGAGAAAUGGAGGUGCCUGUCAACACUUCUCCUCCACACGAUGGUAGAUUAUGGCGGCAGGUACAGGUGAACAGCAGCUUGCCCCAGGACCCCUGCUGCCCUGUGAAGGAGGAAGUUGAGGACGGUGGCUAUGGAGCGGGUCCCAGGGACUCCAAGGAAGAGCCUGAGUCUCCGCUGGGCUCUGAAGGCUCCUGCCCACAGCCGGGCACCGCUGACAGCCAGAGGAGCCGUGCUGGAGCGGGUCCGUGCCGGGCUGACGAGGACCCGAGUGUUUUUGUCUACAAGACUGAGACGAUCGGGGAUCUCGAAGUCCACGUGGUGGAGGCGGCUGUGCCCGGCAAGGACGGGGAGUCCCGGGGGGCCGGAUGGGGAGCGCGCUCCACGGACCUGCGCUGCCCCGAGCCGGCUCAGGCCUGGUGGGAGCCCGGCGGGGAGCGUCCGUUCCACUGCAGCCGCUGCGGCAAUGCCUUCCGGCGGCGCUCGCACCUCACCGAGCACCUGCGCACCCACACGGGCGAGAAGCCCUAUGGCUGCAGCCUGUGCGCCAAGCGCUUCGGCCGCCGCUCCACCCUCAACAAGCACCAGGAGACCCACGCCAAGGAGCAGCCCCACGAGGCCAUGGCGGGCCAGCCCAUGGGCCCAGGUGGCCUCCGGCCACGCUGCCCCCAGACCCCCCCGGCAGACAAGGCCUAUCCAUGCCGGCGGUGCCACAAGACCUUCAGCACGUGGGCAUACGCAGCCCGGCACGAGCGCACCCACCUGGAGGAGAAGCCCCUUGCCCGCCCGUUGUGCCCCGAGCGUUUCGGUGGGGAGCUGGGCCAGCCUCGCGCCGUGGACAAGCCCUUCCCCUGCGGCCUGUGUGGGAGCUGGUUCCGGCGCCGCUCGCAUCUCAGCGACCACCUGCGCACGCACACGGGCGAGAAGCCCUUCCCUUGCAGCCUGUGCACCCGCAGCUUCAGCCGCCGCUCCACCCUCAACAAGCACCAGGAGACCCAUGCCAAGGUGGUGCCCGAGCCCCCGGGCGAGGAGCCUCGGGGGGUUUGCCACGUGGCCGAGCCCUACCCACGCGCCCGAUGCCACCGGAGCUUCAGGGUGCGGGCAUGUGCCCUGCGGCACGAGCGGGCACACAGGGAGGGGUGGCCAGCGCCACCCAGCACAGGUGACUGUAGUGUUGUCACCCAGACGUCCGGCAUCCAGUGUGAGGCCAGUCCAGGAGGCGGGAAGUUGCCGUGCCCUCUCAUGCAAGAAAACGGCCACAGCUCUCUGGCCCGUGGGACCAAGGAGGAGCUGGGAGUGCCCAGUGGGGACAGGCCGUAUCACUGCAGCCUGUGCGAGAAGCGCUUCCGGCUCCGGUCAGCCCUGAGCAAGCACGAGCGUGCAGAGGCAGCGAGGAGGCUUCCCCGGAGCCCGCGGGUGCCGUGGUGGCGGCAGCGGGCGAGCACCGGGGAGGAGAAGCCGCACACAUGCGGGCUGUGCGGGAAGCAGUUCCGGCGGCGCUCCUACCUGGCCGUGCACCGGCGCGUGCACCUGGAGGACGGGCCGUACCCCUGCGCCCUGUGCGACAAGCUCUUCGUUUUCAAGGGUGACUUCGUCAAGCACUACGGCUUCCACACGGGCGAGAGGCCCUACCCCUGCCCCUGCUGCGCCCGCAGCUUCCGCAAGCAGUCCCACCUCACCGAGCACCUCCGCAUCCACACCGGUGAGAAGCCGUACCCUUGCCCCCGCUGCGGCAAGCGCUUCGGGCGCCGCUCCACUCUCACCAAGCAUCAGCAGCUCCAUGCCCGCCAUGUCCCUGCUCCCCAGGCUUGUUCUGUGGAGUCUGCCAUCCAGCAGGCACCCGUGCCCAGCGUGUGACGGGGUCCUGGGAACAGGGUGCACCCGAAUGAGCAUCCUCUGGCCGGGCAGUGCCCAGCGGCAUGCCUAGAGGAAGGGCAGAUGCCUGGAUCGCCAAAGCAUCCUGCUUGUUUCCAGGUGGCCCCAGGCGCAGGCUUGCACUGAGAUGGCUUGUGUGGGAUGCUUUGCUCAAAUCAUUUGCUAAACCUAGACCUGGCUAGGACUGGCUAGAGAAGUCGGGCUGGACAGGACCGCCAGAGGUUACAUCUAGUCCACCCCCUGCCUGAGGCAGAACAUCCCUAUCCAGACCAUCCCCUAAUCUAAAUGCUACAUAAGAUGACCCCCAGUCCUGCUACAACACAGACCUAACACCUGAACCUGCCGCAGAUAAAGUAGGAGGCAUGCCAGCCAACAUCCUGCUUCUGCAAAAUGUAAAUAUUUGCUCAAGAGGUGCCAGGCAGAGAGUCUGAGAGAGUCACAUAUGUGAGAGGGAGGGUGGAGAAGCACUGGGGCAGGUUGCCCAGAGAGGUGGUGCAGUCUCCAUCCUUGGAGGUGUUGAAGACCCAGCUGGGGUGAUGCAGUUGGGGCUGGUCCUGCUUUGGCCGGGGUUGGAUUGGAUGCAACCUCCUGAACUCCCUUCCAGCCCUCAUUUUCUUUUAAUUUAUAAUGGGUCAUUUCUGGUGCAGGGGUGUUUUGGUAGAAGCUGGGAUCAAACCUGGGACCUUUUGGAGCAGAGAUCUCAGCCAAGCCUCCCUUGAGCCAAAGCAGCAACAGGCUUGUCAGCACCCUCUGCGUGGCCCAGCAUGCCAAGGAAGGGCAGGGGAGAUGUGCCAGGAUGAAUAGGCACGACACACAGCUGAGAGCUUUCUAUCGCUGGGUGCUGGAAGACCAGGAGGUCUCCUAAACUGAGCAGUCAUUCACCAUCGCAGGGGUGUGAGGCAAUGGACCUGCCUGAGUUGGAGCCGAACCAGUCAUCCAGCCUGGUGCUCCUGGAUCUGGACGUGAUGGCCACAUUCAGCAUUUACUGGCAUGUUUCAAGAGUGCCGUCCUGGCCCCCUUUAUCUGCAGCAUCAGUUGGAUGAGCAGGCCCCCGCUUUGGUGCCUCGCGUUGCUGUGCGGUGACUGAGCAGCGGCCAUGUUCCACCCCAGAGACAGCUGCAUGUCUGUGGGUGGUUAGUUUUACCCUGUCUGUUGAUUGCGGGUCUCAGAGGUGUAAUGCGUUACGGCACACAGCCCUCUCGCAGGAGACGCUGCAUGCAUGGGAGUAGAGGUCUGCUAAACAGCCGUGUACCACAGCAUGCCCAGCUGGGCAGUCGCAGGGGUGGAUGGAGGCUGCUGCAUGAGCUUUGCCCCCACAUCCUGCAGGCUCCUCCCUCUUCAGAGCAGGUAGGUGCAGCUGGAAAGGAUGAAAGUCGGAUGCUGGACGCCGUGGACAGCGCGAGUGGGGAAAGACUGAACAGCAGCAAUCCCAGCUGCGUCCCCUCCAGCUGAUCUUGGACCUCUCGCACGCCUUGGCUUAGCUGUACAUGGACAAUAAAGAGGUUAAAUGAAACUGC